ACAACUCACUCACAAAGAAUGUCCCCUUUGAGCCACUGUGAUACUGCUGGCUACUCCCACAGAUUCCUCAGGAUUGGCUGGGCUUCCAAAUAAAACACUGUUUGCCUAUAGUUGAGUCGAUAAGCUCCAAUAUAACUGAAGGCAGGCACCUGCUCUGGGCUGUAACAUGCCGCACUCGUUCUUCUUCCCAAACGUUUUCACACAAGACCCGGAAGGGACACAUUGUCUCUGGCCAAAAGAAAUACUUAAGUAAGAAGAAAGCCUACAAUGGGUCUUCUGGGCUCUAAAAAUCCCAAAGCUAACAUUCUUCUUUUGGGACUCGACUCGGCUGGAAAAUCGACUCUUCUUUACAGGUUAAAGCUUGCUGAGACUCUUAGCACAAUCCCAACGAUUGGCUUCAACGUGGAGAUGAUACAGCUGGAGAACAGCAGCCUUGCGCUCACCGUGUGGGAUGUUGGCGGACAGGAGAAGAUGAGGACCGUCUGGGGCUGCUACUGUGAGAACGCCGAUGGGCUGGUCUACGUGGUGGAUUGUGCCGACCGCCAGCAGAGGCUCGAGGACUCCCGGAAAGAGUUCAAGCGCAUCUUGAAGAAUGAACACAUCCAGAACGUGCCGGUCGUUGUAUUAGCCAACAAGCAAGACUUGCCUGGAGCGCUGAGCGCCGAGGACAUCACCAGGAUGUUCAAGCUGAAGGAUAUUUGCAGUGACCGGAACUGGUAUGUGCAACCCUGCUGUGCCACCACCGGGGAUGGGCUGGCAGAGGGAUUCAGGAAAUUAACUGCGUUUGUGAAAAGUCACAUGAAGACCAGAGGGACCUUAGCAUUCUUCAGGCAAAAGUGAGGCUCUGGAAAUGCCUUGAGAGAGACAAUUGAGAUGAAGUGGGAAUGGGAUUAUCCCCCACCCCCACCCCGGUAAAGUUACUGAGUUUGCAAACUUUCCCAGAGAUGUGAUCUCACCUUGCUCACCUUGUUCACUGAGAGAACUCUGAGACAAACUACAGGGUAAUGGUGGUUGAAUUCUUUCAAAUUGUUUCCAGCUCUUGCAGGUUUUGAAUUUCUGCUUCUGAGUAAUAGCUGAGUGAUGUGAAAAAAAAAAUGAACCUUAAAUUAUGGAGAGAAAAAAGGUUAACAUUUUGUAAAUUCUUGUUUUCUAAACUGAACCUUUCUUUCUCCUGGAUUUCUAUCAGCUUUUUGAAAUCUAUUGCUGGAAACUUCCUUCAAAGAGUCUUCAACAAAGAACUUCAGGCUAAAUGCCCAGGGGCCAGUGUCCUCAAGCUGGGAGCACAAGUCUACACCUUAUAGUUCUGGGAAUUAGGGUAGAACCUUCUAGUUUAGGGCUAGCUCUAAGCAUAGGGCUCAGCUCUAAGCUGCAGUCCCAGAAGCUGCUGCAGUGGAACUCAGUUUGGAAGCCGCAUUACCUAGGAACACAGGUACGGCUCUUGGUACUGAUCAAGCAGGAAGCCAAUGCAGACUUUGCCCAGGUCACUAGGUGAAGUGACAUGGAGCUGGCAGCUGGAGCCGGGCAGUAUGGCUGCAUGCCAUUGCAUGGGAGCCACCAGGGUGAGCAGGAAAUGCUUUAUGCAAGAGAUGGAAUCUGAAAGGUGCCUAACUGGGGACCCUGUGCCAAGGAAAGUCUUAUCACUAGGGUAGUGACCAAGGAAAGGGGUGGCUGAGUGACGGGCAAAGGAGCUGAAGGUGGAGUUGGAAUCCCUGUGUGAGGCCUGGAACUCCAGAAGAAGCCUGGUACCUUCACUCUUUCCUCUUCACCCCAGCAAGGCUCCUCUGGGCUGGAAGCAGGCUUCCCAGCUCCACAGCAGCCUCUGGGACUACGAAUUUAAGAUGACAGAAGAAAAUAAAGGUAUAGUAAGUCAAGGGUGCUGGCUCCUGGAUUCCUUUUACAGUUUUCUUUUUGCCUCACAGCUAUGAUUUGCUCAGCAAAGACCCUUCUGUGCCACACAGUACAAUUCAAGUAAUGAAGAUGCAUAUCAAUGACUGAUGGUUUCCUUAUGUGUACCAGGCAUUGGGACAGAUACUUUCAUAUAUCUUCUUGCACUUUUUUUCCAAGGGAAAAAACC